AUGACGUCCCUUGAUGAAGCGGAUAUAUUGAAGAGCAGUGGCGUUGCCAAUGUUCGGCCGAUGUGCCAAGCCCCCAAAACUUCAUCAACUGCACCUACGACCUUGCCUGAGACUACGAAGAAGCCGGGGCCAGUGCCAGAUGUCGUUGUGGCCACUAUGCACCCCAAGCCGACCGCGCCCAUGCCCCUGCCUGAGACGCUGCUGGCGCCAGAGCCCCGCCCCGCUGCCCGCCUUGUUGUUGGCUCUAUGGAUUCGCCGGUGGUAGCAAUGACUGCUGUGCUGACCCCGGCGGGGCCAAGGCCAUUCCCAACAACGGCAACAACUACAACGUCAGCAACAAGAACAGCAACAACAACAUCAGCAACAACAACAGAGCCCAAAGCUAAGAAGGUGGCGAAGAGUGGAGAGAUGGCUCUAAAAACGAAAGCAACAACAACGGCAACAACAACAGAGCCCAAAGCUAAGAAGGCGGCGAAGAGUGGAGAGAUGGCUCUAAAAACGAAAGCUUCGACAGCGCCUUUGAUGAAGGACAUUGCAAAGCCAACAAGUCGCCCUACGGAAGAGUGUAAAAUCACCUGA